CCACCCUGGAGAGUGCAGGUGUUGUGUGCAAUCACACCGGAAUCUUGGAUAACAUUUUGUUGUUGGCAGACAGGACGUAUAGAGGCGGUAUAGUGCGCAUGGACCUGGACACGUUUAGGUCAGUUGAUAGACACAACUUGGUGAGGUGGUAGACACAUUUAGGUGAGGUGAUAAGGACACAUUUAGGUGAGUUGAAAGACACCUUUCAGUGAGUUGAUAGACACGUUAAGAUACGUUGAUAGAGACCUAUGAGACACACUCCACUGACCCAUUAAACCUUUGGAUCGACCAGCUACACUUUGCUGUAUUCGUCUCGCUUGGCUGACUCCAUCAGACCUGUGGCCUUGACAUUCGAGCCCAUGUACCACCGGGUCUAUAACCUUGUCUACGUCAACUCGUCUGAUGGCGUGUACUCGGAGAUCUGGUGCCAAGACGUCAGGACUACAGGACCCGUCUACCCAGUCAUGAGGGUUCAAGCUCUUGUGAAUGGUAUCGCCGUUGACUCCUCGAGGAACAUCCUGUUUAUGACUGACGCCACCAACAGAAACAUCACCAGAGCCUACACGACUGGCACCGACCUUGAACCUGUCGUCUCGCUGGAUGACGAGCCUCACGCUGUGACCUUAGACCAGACCAACCAGACGGUCUACUGGUCGACCGUUGGGGCAGGCGCCAGCAUAGAGAGCACUGAUUAUGAAGGCAACAACAGGCAGGUUCUUGCUUCGACCAUGCUGCUUCAACCCGUGGCCUUGGCCUUUGAUCAGAAAACUAGACAACUUUACUUCUGUGAUGCUGGCACCCAUAGAAUCGAGGUGAUGGACAGUGACGGCAACAACCGGAAGUUGCUGUUUGCUGACGAUAGCGUCCAGUUUCUUGGCUUUGCUCUGACGUCAUCACAUAUUUUUUUCAGCGAUCAACACAGCGGGGGCGUCCAUCGUUUGGAGCUUGACGGGUCCAACUUGAGUCAGGUGGGGCCAAAGACGUUAGAGGUGGACGGGAUGGUGGCCUACCAGUCAUCGUCUGCUUCAAGUGUUUGAUACAGUCAUCGUCUGCUUCAAGUGUUUGAUACAGUCAUCGUCUACUUCAAAUGUUUGAUACAGUCAUCGUCUGCUUCAAGUGUUUGAUACAGUCAUCGUCUGCUUCAAGUGUUUGAUACAGUCAUCGUCUACUUCAAGUGUUUGAUACAGUCAUCGUCUGCUUCAAGUAUUUGAUACUGUUAUCGUCUGCUUCAAGUGUUUGA